ACAUGUCAACAGAUGUUUGUUUUGAUUUCUCGUUGGGUUGCCCCCUGUGUGGAUCUUCCAUUAUAUUUUCAUAAAGAUUUGCACGGGGCAGAAAAUCGAUAAUGUCGUUAAAUCGGUCAGAGGAUGAGCAAAGCGAGGACGGCGAACUGCGCCACAGUCCCCCAACAUCUAAUACCAAACCUGGAACUAUGGAACAGCACAGUGAGGACGAGGAUGUAGGUGAUAUAGACUCGUUGGACAUAAAGCCACCUCAAGCUAGAGUUGUGGAGCACAGGAGUCGCAAAAGGGGCUCUGAGAAGUCCCACCAUAAAAAGGGCGAACGGUCGGACAAAAGAAGGGAGGAGAGGCAUUCGCAUCGAGAAAAACACCAUAGGGAUAAGUUGCGUCAGCAUCAAAAGGAAAAGGAGCAAUAUCAGAGGGAAAGGGAGCACUACCACAGGGAGAAACAGCAUCCCUUCGAAAUGGAACAACAGUAUCUGACGGAAAAGGCGUUUAGAGACAGGAAAGCCGAGGAACAUCGUCAAAGACACGAGAGAAAGCACAGAGAAGUCAAGGCAAGUAGGAGUCACAGCAGAGACGUUCAUGAAAAACAUAGAAAAGACAGGCAUGAGGAAAGGGGUGAUAGGGCAACAAAAGCUUUGGCAGACCUUCGAGAAAGGCAUAUUUUUCUUCUUAGGUUACUAGAGAAGCGUAAAACUGAUGAUCAUAAAAGUGAAAAAAGCAGUAGAAAGGAUCGAAGAUACCGGGAACAGCAAUAUGAAGAUCCAUUGGGAGGUGAAGCUGGUACUUUGGUGAAAGAAAUAAUCAAUAUAACUACUGAAGAUAGGAAACAUAAGAAAGAUAGAGAGGGAGAGAAGCAGCUGACGGAAGAAGAAAGACAAGAGCAGGAACAGAGAAGAGAAAAACUCCUUGAAGCAGAAAGAGAAAUGGCUAGAUUAAAGGAAAGAAGCAAAGCCGAGCGAGAAAGAAGACACCUCGAAAGGGCACUUAAAAGGAAGCAAGAAGAGGAUCUUACGCUUAAUAAGAGACAGAAGGUUGAAGAAGUACCUCAGAUCGUGACGGUCUCGGACGCGUCAGAGGAAGAAGAAGAGGAAGAAGAACCCCAACCGUUAUCACAGUCCGAUAAGAGCGAAAGCGAAGACGAUGAAAAAAUGAGCGACAGGAGCGCGAGUCGUUCUCCCAGCAGGAGCAAAUCCAGGAGCGCGAGCAGGAGCAGAAGCCCCAGCAGAAGUAAAAGUUACUCCGGAGAGGAAAGCGACUCGGACAAACGGUCCAGGUCGAAAACGAGGAGUCGAAGUCCGACCAGAAGUAAAAGCCGGAGUCCGAGCAGAUCGAAAAGCUCCGAGAGGUCGGCGUCGAGAUCGAAAUCGCGUUCGAGAUCGCCGAGUCCCGAGGAGGACGAAAUGCUGAAAAACAAAGAUGUAAAACCGGAGAAGGCGAGUGAGAUCGAUGUCGAUUUGCCUCCUUAUUAUCCCGCCGUACAGGGUUGUAGAUCAGUAGAAGAAUUCCAAUGCCUCAACCGAAUCGAAGAGGGAACGUACGGGGUGGUUUACAGAGCCCGCGAUAAACGCACAGACGAAAUAGUUGCCCUUAAGAGACUUAAAAUGGAAAAGGAAAAGGAGGGCUUCCCUAUCACUUCUCUAAGGGAAAUCAACACUUUACUAAAAGGUCAGCACAGUAAUAUUGUAACAGUAAGAGAAAUCGUAGUGGGAAGCAACAUGGACAAAAUUUUUAUCGUGAUGGAUUAUGUGGAGCACGACCUGAAGUCUUUAAUGGAAACGAUGAGGCAUAAGAAGCAAAGUUUUAUGCCCGGGGAGGUGAAGUGUCUCUUGAAACAGCUGUUGCAAGCCGUGGCCCAUUUACAUGACAAUUGGAUUUUACACAGAGAUUUAAAAACAUCCAACUUGCUGCUCUCGCACAAAGGAGUUUUAAAAGUAGGAGAUUUCGGUCUUGCUAGGGAAUACGGAUCUCCAUUGAAGGCCUACACUCCUAUUGUGGUCACCCUAUGGUACAGGGCUCCUGAAUUAUUACUUUGCGCCAAAGAAUAUUCAACACCGAUAGACGUAUGGUCAGUAGGUUGUAUAUUUGCCGAAUUACUUCUUAUGAACGCAUUGUUUCCCGGAAAAUCUGAAGUCGAUCAACUAAAUAGGAUAUUUAAGGACCUAGGAACUCCAAGCGAGAAAAUCUGGACCGGUUUCAACAACUUGCCGGCAGUAAAAAAGAUGAAAUUCAACGACUAUCCAGUAUCAAAUCUGCGCGCGAAAUUCAGUAGUUUGAGCGAAAUCGGUCUGGGGAUGUUACUGAAGUUCCUGACGUACGAUCCUCAGCAAAGGGUUACCGCCGAAGAGGCGUUGAAACAUCCGUACUUUACCGAACCGCCUCUCCCGAUUGACCCGGCGAUGUUUCCUACGUGGCCGGCGAAAAGCGAGCUCGGGCAUAAAAGAGCGAUGGCCGCCAGUCCGAAACCGCCCAGUGGCGGAGGUGAAUUUAAGAAAUUGGGCGGCGAAGAUGAUGAUUCCUAUGGAUUCAGGCUUGGAAUGGGGGUGGAUAUGCGAAGAGGCGGUGCGGGGUUCAGUUUGAAAUUUUGACAAAAAGCUGAAAAUGUAUAAAAUAGUUUAGAAUUAUCUUAAUUCGAAAUUCGCCCCGUUAUUUUAGUUAAAAUGUAUAGUUUAUGAAUAAUAUAAAAUUCUAAUUUUUUUAUGUAUUUAGCAAUUAAUAUUUUAAUAUAUGCUGCUAUACAGGUGUA